GGAGCGGGGUGGAUCGUGCGCCGCUCCUGGAGCGGAGAGAGGAGCGCGGCGCGGCCCAGCUGGGCGAGACUCUUCAUUUGCCAGUUCCCUGCCUGGGCAGUGAUAACCAUGGGCAGUGUGUUCCUAACAGAAAACAAAGCCAACUCUGUGUUAAAAAGAUACCCAAGAGCCAAUGGAUUUUUGGAAGAGCUAAAGCAAGGGAACAUAGAGCGUGAGUGCAUAGAAGAAAACUGUACCUAUGAGGAAGCAAGAGAAGCUUUUGAAAAUGAUGACAAGACAAGAGAGUUCUGGAAAGGCCACACAAAUGGAGGACUCCAGGGAGAAAGUAACACAGGACAUCAUUGGUAUACAUUUUACCUCGCAUUUCCAUUAAUCAUUGGCCUUUUUGUUAUCCUCCUUAUCAUAUUUCUCACAUGGAGAUGCCUGUUUAAAAAGAAAAUCCGUAGACAGUCUGUAUACAUGCAUAGGGGAGCCCGCGAAGCCAUUGGUGAUAGUGCUGUGGCUGAUGGUAGAAGUCCUCUUCCCCCGCCACUCAGCAUUGUUCAUUCCCCACAGGAAGAAAUGUAUGAAGGCAGUGGGCUGUCUCCAGGAUAUUUGGGCUCUCCAGAUGGACGUUCAGACUCAAUAUCAACAAGGCUGUCAAAUGGUGACCCUCCUCCUUCAUACGAGGAAGCCACUGCCGAAACCAGCAUAAGAAAUGAAAUGGAGCAUCACUUAGAUCCACCCCCACAGUAUGAAGACAUUGUAAACUCCAGCUCAGCUAGUGCCAUUGCAAUACCUCCUGUUGUCACCAGUAUUAAGUAAAGCAGGAAGAAUAGUAGCAACUUUUUUAAAAAUUACUAAGAGAAUUUUGUGGCACUUUAAUGCAGCUUACUACUGUUUAUAUAAUUUAAUGGACUCCUACUGUGUACCUCUUCCCUGUUUUGUUCCAUCUGCAUGUGUUCCCAUGCCAGUUUUAAAGAUGGGGGAAUCCAUACUGAGAAUAUGAAGCAGGUACAAAUGUGGUCUUCUGUGCAUACCUCUCAAAUGUCCCUCUGAGGGUUGUCAUUUAUUUUAGUCUAAAUGUUGCCUACGUUCCACACAAAUUUGAUGUCCCCUCCCUUUUAGUGUUGAAAAUUAUUUACAUCAGAAUCAAACACUGGUAACAGCAAGUUAUUUAAACCAAAGGACCAUGUCCUACAACAUUUUAAGUUUCUUGCAUGAAUAUUUUGUCUUUCAUUUUGGGUCUUUGUCACAUAGUGUAUCCUACACUUGGGCCUUGGAAGGCUGAGAAAAGUAUUUGUGUGUGAACAAACAUCAACAUAGCAUAUUCACCCAGCUUAAAUAUGAUACUUCAGGGAUUGCAGUAAGUGAGACUAAGAAAUUUUGGAACACAUCAGCUGUACUUGUACAGAGGGCAGUAAUUAAGUGAAUUUUGCAAUUGGAAAAAACGAUAGCCUAAUGUUCUUAUCCCCUCUGUUCUCCAUCCUUCCCUCCAGUUAGUCCUGUUUAUGAUGAUGUCUUGUUUCCGGAAUGUCUGAUUAUUUUUUUUUUUAUUUUUUAUUUUAAGUGAAUUUAGUUCUUGUGAAAGGUACUAGAUUGACAGCUCUAGAAAUUAAAGUUCCAGCUGCACUGCAGACCAGUUAAUGCACUGCCUCUGGGCACACAGUAACAAACCAAUGUGCCUCAUCACUGACAUGCCGAAACCGCCUAGAAGGGGAUGAUCAUAGUUUACUCUUCAUGCCAACACAAAUAGUGGUCUCUUCUGAGUCUGCCAACAGGCUGCCAGUUGCAAUGGUCUUUUAUUUAUGUGGAUUUCUUUCCCUACGAAAUGCAUGGUGAUCACUCAUUUCACAUAGGCCAUUAAGCAGUUGUCAGAUAACCUCUGGUCAUUUCCAGUCUGCUCUGGAUUUAUGCCAAUGACUGAAAGUUGUAAUGCUCAGUAUUCCACUACCAGUCUCUUGAACCAACCAAACCCCUGUUUUAACUGGCUAAUGUUCCUGAACUACAGUGUGUUGCAACA